UUUCUUCGUAGCAAACUCAUCCGUUUAGCGAGGGAUCUAGUUCCUGCCUACUAGCUAGUGGGAAACUAACCAGGAAAGGCCAAGAGAUCAUUCCAUGGGUGUGACCACGCCUCUUUAUCUCAAGAUUUGAGGAGUUCAUUAUUUCGAUCGUUAUUACCGCCAGGCUGAUCGAGAAAGGAUGCAAUGGAUCGAAGAAGCACCCACUCCCAACGAAGACGAUGUGAGGAACCCCGUGGGGGUCAGAGUCACCUUUCUGGCCAGCAGUAUGAGAGUGCUUACCAAUGAUGAUGGCGACACACUCAGAAGACAAAACUGGUAUCUAAAGAAUAAUGGCAACUGGAGGCAGCAAGAACAACAGCAGCAGCCCGAUCAAGACGACCCGGAAGAUCCCAGGGUAGAACGUGCCCUCCACGAAGAGGAAUCUGCCUCUGUGCCACCCAAGAUUCGAGCGGCACGGAUGCUGUUUCUAGUAGCCUGCCUGGUGAUUAUUGGAGCGGCAGUGACCGUGGGUAUAAUGUGUGGUGUCGGUACCAUUUGCAAUGCCGGUAGCAAUGACAGUGAAAGUGAAACAUCCGAUCAUACUGACACGGUGAUUAUACCAGGACAAGUGAUACCACAAAGUCCCACAUCAACAGCAACUACAGCAACCACCAAUAGCCCCAGCACGGCUGUUUCAGCAGUGGAGAGUGAACCAUCAGCUGCCCCACACGAUGGGAAUACCGAGACCCAAGCACCAACUAUUUCAGAACAUUCCCCUUCAGCAGAUCCAAGCACUCCUCUUGCCAUUAUCGAUUUGCCAAUAUUUUCCCAAGAGAGCACAGGUGCGAGCAUAGGUGUUGUUGAUCUCGUAUUUGGUAGUGAAGGAGGCGGCAGCUCCGGACAGAACUCAACAUCAGCAGAGACAACAGGUAACCAAACGAUACCUGAGGGAGAUGGCUCAUCAAAUCUAUAUGAAUUUGAAACAAUCUUGGACGACUCGGAAGCAGCAACACUAGAUCCAUCCAUCGAAGAAACGCUUGUGACUGAUUUCGAGGUCACAGUCGUAGAUACAGCGUCGGGGCUACCGACUGCAGAACCAACCAUCCAACCCACGGCAGAACCAACCAAACAAGCAAAGGGAGGAAAAGAUAAAGAAGAAGACAAGGACCAACCAGAGCCAGAUUCGGCUCUCCCGCCAACAUUCUUGCCGACAUUUGAGCCUAGUGCACCACCGCAAACCGAUACACCAACCUUCAUGCCGUCACUUCCAAAGACGCCAACAACUGGACCGUUAGUCUUUGCUGAAGCCGGUACCAGAAUACCCACCGCCGAAAAUAAUGAAGAGCUACAAAUCGAGGGCCCAGCAAUGAUCUUGUCUGAUAAUGAGCUGGUAAUGCUGUCGGUGACCAUUGGGUUCACGGGAGUGCAAAUGCCAGUACCCGACUACACAGUGGCGGCAUUGUUAAAGCCUUCCUCACCCCAGUCUCGAGCUUUGCAAUGGAUGUCAGCGACCUACACAGCCAGCGACCUUGUGCGAAUGCCAGCAUGGAGGAUGCAACAAAUAUUCGCAUUGGCGGUAGUGUACUAUUCCCUAGAAGCAGACACUUGGGAAGACAUGCACAGGCAUAACUGGCUCAAUGCUUCUCUACACGAAUGCGAGUGGGCCCCUAGGACUCCUAGACCCGAUUGGAUUGGAUAUAUCCCACAAAUAUAUUGUGUCGACGAAAGUGACAGAGUCUCAAGUCUCAACUUUUACGAUGUUCCCUAUCUGGAUGGUGUCUUUCCACCAGAACUGGAGCUUUUGUCCUCUCUGGAGAGUGUGAGGUCUUCAAAGACACUCUUGGAUGGAAAGCUUGAAGCGGUGCUUCCAUGGCAACAGCUGCAGCGGUUGGAAAACUUGACGGAAAUUAGAUUAGGCAACAGCUUCUUGACUUCCACCAUACCUUUAGAGGUAUCCAGAUUGACAAAAUUGACCCACCUGGACUUUUUUGACAAUGAACUGGUUGGAACGCUUCAUAGCGAGAUUGGACUCUUACGCCGGCUGAAAGCGCUUCGAGUGCCAUACAACAAUCUAACUGGCACGAUCCCUUCGGAGCUGGGGAUGACAAAGCUUACAACGUUGGAUCUUGCAGGCAACAACUUCUCCGGAGAAAUUCCUACCGAACUUGCGCUAUUGACGGACCUGCAUGCACUGUACCUGGAGUUGAAUACACUUUCAGAAGUGUUUCCGUUUGUCCCGGAGUCUGUUUGCAAGAUCCGGUCGUUGAAGGAGCUUUGGGUCGAUUGCUACAAUGGCAAUGCCACUUGUGCAGCUGACUGCGACUGCUUUUGUUUCUCGCAAAUAGUACCAUAGACUAUGUGGAAGGUUUGUGUAUUUGAGCACGGCUAAGAUAUUUAGUCUACUAGAAAUUUUGCUGACUAGACCAAUUGGAAGCCUCAUCUCAGCGGAUGUGCAAAAAUAAGGAUACCUGGUAAUGUGACAGCUUGCCAUUAUGAUAUGAAUGCAUUGUUUGCCAACAACCAGCUGUGCUUCUGUUGAAAAAGGUAUCCCAAAUCAGCUAUUGGCAUGCUGGGUAUCCGUCUCUUUCAUGCUGCGUUGAAGUGAAGCCCUUCACUCAUUAUUCAAUCAGCUUCUGCUGGUGGGGAAGAAUGGUCGCACAAUGGCUGCUACAGCAUGAGUCUCCAGGGAGCCAUUGGCAUCUUACCUUUAGUGUGGAAAUUGACUCCAUCUGGGACAGCGGGACAGCAUUGCUUUGGAACACAUGGUCCAGAGAAAGUUGUCAUUGGAGAAGGAUAUUCCACGAACCAUUGCCAGCUUAUUGCCACCAUCAUAGUUUAACCCAGCCACAGUUUGGUGUGAGAGUGCUCAGCUGCAUCUCAUCAAAGCAACAAUUCAUAUAGGCGAUUGCUGGCUUGUGGCGUCAUGGAAGCAUCAGCAAGAGCCAUCCAAUCAUCCAACCCUACUGAGUAC